AAAAAGGUUUUAUUAGUAUCACAAAAAUAAAAAAAAACCAAAUCUUUCUGUAUUUAAAACGAUUUCAAAUAUGGGGAAAUAUUUUGUCAAAUAAGCGUAUGACAACUUGCUGUACAACCUCUCUUAUGUGAGCUGAGCAUUUUUGGUUUUGGUUCGGAAGCGUAAACUGUUCUGAUCUCAAACAUAAGCUCAUAAUAGUUAGUUCAUUUAGUGAUAAAGGUGUUUUAAUUAACGCAACUGUUGUUUACGAGUGUUUUAUCACACAAGAUGUUGUGCGCCCGCCUGUACUCCGUUUUGUUUUCAAAGCAAUUGAACAACUUGGUGUUUAGACAAUCUUGCAGAAACAACUCUACAAUCUUUGGAAUAUCGUCUGGCUUUGGUAAAUGUGGAGUAGCAGUAAUACGUGUGUCUGGUCCAGCGUCACAAUCCAUCAUUCACAAGAAGACUCGGUUGAAAGAGUGUCCAGAACCCCGACGGGCUUUGCUAACAAAAAUAUUCCAUGGCGAAACGAGAGCAAUGAUAGAUCGAGGACUUUUGCUUUGGUUUCCCGGUCCAAACAGCUUUACCGGUGAGGAUACGGUUGAGUUUCAUGUCCACGGUGGUUCGGCAAUAGUUUCCGCGAUGUACGACAGCUUAGCUACGUUCGCUGACACACGAAUAGCCGAGCCGGGCGAAUUUACCAAGCGUGCAUUCUUCGCUGGUAAAAUGGACCUGACCGAGGUAGAAGGCUUAGCGGAUUUAAUACACGCCGAAACAGAAGCACAACGAAGGCAGGCGCUGCGUCAAGCUAAUGGUCAGCUUUCAUGUUUUUACAACGAUAUGCGUGCACGGUUGGUGAAUGCUAUUGCCAGCAUUGAAGCUUACAUCGAUUUUUCCGAAGAUCAAGAUGUCGAUGAUGAUGUGCUGCACGUAGCAGUACAGAAGAUUGAAGCUGUUAUCGAGGAACUGAAGGUGCACCUGAACGACAACAGACGUGGCGAGCGGCUCCGAAACGGUGUUCGUGCGGCAAUCGUUGGAGCACCAAACGUGGGCAAAAGCAGCCUUAUCAAUCUGCUCAGCCAGCGCAACGUUUCGAUCGUUACGAGUAUUGCUGGCACUACCAGGGAUAUAGUGGAAUCGCACUACGACAUUGCCGGAUAUCCAGUCAUUCUAGCCGACACGGCGGGACUUCGAUCAAGCACAGACGAUGUGGUAGAGAGUGAAGGUAUUGCACGAGCUAGAACGUACGUAGAAUGUGCCGAUUUACUAUUGCUGGUAGUGGAUGCUUCUCGCAUCGAAUCAGUCAAUCGAUUGGAUGCUUUCAUGGAAGAAUACAUACAAGCGCUCGGCAUAGAACAGCGCAUGAUGCCCAAUACGUUGACGAUUCUCAACAAAUGUGAUUUAGUGGACAAUGUUACGCUACAAUGGUUAAAAAACAAUUCCACCCAGUUCACUUGUUUGUCUUGCGAGAGUAAGGAAGGAUUAGCGGAACUUAUGGAACGUAUGAAAACACGGUUGGAGCAACUGUGUGGAAAUCCUGCAGUGGAAAGCCCUACUAUCAGCCAGGAGCGCCAUCGUUUCCAUCUAAAGCAGUGCUUAACGUAUCUUGAACGGUUUCGGGACUAUUUCAAAGAAACUGCACCGCAGGAUCGGGAUCUGGCCAUCGUAACGCAUCAUUUGCGGAAUGCAGUUCGCUGUAUUGGGAAAAUAACUGGCACGGUGGAAACGGAGGAAAUACUCGAUGUUAUAUUUAGUAGUUUUUGCAUAGGAAAAUAAAGAACAGAGUUGAGUUGCCGAUCGCUAAAAGAGUUAAUGGUAGAUUGUUUUUGGGCAAUAUUAACCGUGGUUUUGGUUCUGAUGAGUUCCCGGAAUACAUGUCCGCAUGUUAUCUCAUAUGGUAGAUAAUGGUCGCCUGGGUUGUAAUUGCGAUCGCCUAGGGACAUAGCGAUAACAUGUUUCGGCAUGACAAUGAGACAAUAAUAGUACAACGUUGAGUAGAUGUAAGAUGUAUAUUUUUACAUUAUGUACAACGUUAUACAUAGUGUUGGGUCAAGUAGCUCUUUUGCAAAAGCGGAGUGCACCGCUCUCGCUCUCUACAGUGUUCGGAGCCCUUGAGGUAGCUCUACACGGAGCGCUGCACACAGGAGCGAUUGUGCGUUUCACCUUAAAAUAAAACAAAAUUUUAAAUUUUGCUUAAUUGCUUAAAAAAAUGGCAAGGGGUAAGCCUUAUGAAAUUUUCGAGUUGAAAAUUUUUUAAAAUUUUUUUUCUGAUUUUUUAUUCUUUUUUUAAUUUAAAGCACUAUUUAAGUGAAAAGAAACUUAUUGCAACUAAUUCCCAUUAAAAUAUACCACAUUUUUCAAUUUUGCUACAAUGCUGAAAAAUGAGGAAAAUUUUACAUUUUCUCAAACAGGGUAGGGAACUUGGUUCCUCGAAUAACUUCUGGCACAGACAUCUGAGAGCAUGGUCGUCCAAAACGAAAAUGUAGCGAUUGGUGCCAUUUAUCGACCACAGGUUUAAGAUUUGCGAUCCGUUGGAUAGCGACCGAGUUAUAGGCAAAACUUGAUGCAAAAAUGAGCCUUUUGAAAUUUUAAAAUUUUUAUAUUUUACUUAUUUUUUUCUGAUUUUUUAUUUUUUUUUAUAUUUCAAACAUUAAUCGAGUGAAAAUAAACUUAUUUGAACCAAUUGGCAUUAAAAUAAAUCAAUUUAAAUUUUUUUGCAAAAUUUCUCAAAAAAAAUGGCAAGGGGUAAGCCUUAUAAAAUUUUCGAGUUGAAAAUUUUUAAAAUUUUCUUUUUGAUUUUUUAUUCUUUUUUUAAUUUAAAGCACUAUUUAAGUGAAAAGAAACUUAUUGCAACAAAUUCCCAUUAAAAUAUACCACAUUUUUCAAUUUUGCUACAAUGCUGAAAAAUUUACAUUUUCUCAAGCAGGGUAGGGAACUUGGUUCCUCAAAUAACUUCUGGCACAGACAUCUGAGGGCAUGGUCGUCUAAGAAGAAAAUAUAGCCAUUGAUGCCAUCUAUCGACCACAGGUUAAAGAUUGGCGAUCCGUUGGAUACCGACCGAGUUAUAGGCAAAAGUUGGUGCAAAAAUGAGGAAAAUUUUACAUUUUCUCAAACAGGAUAUGGAACUUGGUUCCUCGAAUAACUUCUGGCACAGACAUCUGAGAGCAUGGUCGUCCAAGAAGAAAAUGUAGCGAUUGGUGCCAUCUAUUGAUCACAGGUUAAAGAUGGGCGAUCCGUUGGAUACCGACCGAGUUAUAGGCAAAAGUUGGUGCAAAAAUGAGGAAAAUUUUACAUUUUCUCAAACAGGGUAUGGAUCUUGGUUCCUUGAAUAACUUCUGGCACAGACAUCUGAGAGCAUGGUCGUCCGAGAAGAAAAUGUAGCCAUUGGUGCCAUCUAUUGAUCACAGGUUAAAGAUUGGCGAUCCGUUGGAUACCGACCGAGUUAUAGGCAAAAGUUGGUGCAAAAAUGAGGAAAAUUUUACAUUUUCUCAAACAGGAUAUGGAACUUGGUUCCUCGAAUAACUUCUGGCACAGACAUCUGAGAGCAUGGUCGUCCAAGAAGAAAAUGUAGCGAUUGGUGCCAUCUAUUGAUCACAGGUUAAAGAUUGGCGAUCCGUUGGAUAGCGACCGAGUUAUAGGCAAAAGUUGGUGCAAAAAUGAGGAAAAUUUUACAUUUUCUCAAACAGGGUAUGGAACUUGGUUCCUCGAAUAACUUCUGGCACAGACAUCUGAGAGCAUGGUCGUCCAAGAAGAAAAUGUAUCCAUUGGUGCCGUCUAUCGACCACAGGUUAAAGAUUGGCCAUUCGUUAAAUACCGACCGAG